AAGCUAAGACUAAUCAGUGUACAUUUUUCGGCUGUUCGGCUAGCCUAACCUUUCGCCCCAACCAAUAUGCAUUGCAAUGAGAUGAUAAUACGGGCGCUGGUAGAAUACCCAAAUCCAUAAAGCGAUCAGUUGCAGCUUUGGUGUUGACUCAGUCGGAAGUUUUGCCAGUGCAAUCACACAAUUAUUUUGAAAAAAUAUUAAAAACUAAUAAGAGUUGCAGCAAUGAGUUUGGAAGUGGAUAUGAGUCUGUUCGACAUAUUUAAGAUGUCUUGCCAAUUUAUACGCCAUAAGAUCGAGCAAUACUCUCGGGGCACCAGCAAGACGACUAUUAUUAAUACGCAGUUUGGACAAGUGCGGGGCAGACAACGUAUCACCCUCCCCAAUGAUCAGGAAUUGUACUUUGCCUUCGAAGGAAUCCCCUUUGCCAAGUCCCCAUUAGGAGAUCUGCGGUUCCGCGCUCCACAACCACCAGAAUGCUGGCAAGGGGUCAGAGAUUGCACUUAUCCACGCUCAAAACCGACGCAGAUGUAUUGUAUGUUAAAUAUUGCACAUGGCUCUGAAGAUUGUCUUCAUCUCAAUGUGUACACUAAGAAGCUAUCGUCUGAGAAGCCUCUGCCAGUAAUGGUUUGGAUUUAUAGUGGAGGAUUUCAGGUGGGCGAAGCUUCUAAAGAUAUGCACGGUCCGGAUUAUUUUAUGCAAAAAGACAUUGUCUUGGUUACAUUUAACCACAGAUUGGGAGCUUUAGGUUUCCUCAGCCUAUCGGAUCCCGAUUUGAAUGUACCAGGCAAUGCCGGACUUAAAGAUCAAGUGAUGGCUCUUCGUUGGAUACACAAUAAUAUUAUCAACUUCAAUGGCGAUUCAAACAACAUUACGCUAAUGGGCAUGAGCUCGGGUGCUGCCUCAGUGCAAAUUAUGAUGACUACGGAGCAGACCCGAGGCCUCUUUCACAAGGCAAUCCUGAUGUCCGGUUCAUCAUUGUGCCACUGGGCCAACGAUAUGAAGUACAACUGGCCAUAUAGACUUGCCUGUUACCUUGGUUAUAAAGGCAGCAACAAUGACAAAGACGUCUUGCACUUCUUGCAGGGUGCUUCAAGUACACAAUUAGCCAGAUGCAAUGCCAUCUUGAGCCAGGAAGAGAAACGAGACUACCUUCUAUUUCCAUUUGUGCCGACUGUAGAGCCAUAUAUCACUGAAGGGUGUGUGAUAUCAGAGCCCAAUGUGAAUACACUUUCAAAGGCCUGGGGCAAUGAAAUACCUGUUAUCAUUGGCAGCACCUCAUUUGAGGGCUUGUUCUCUUAUCAGUAUGUUAAGCGAGAUUACACACACUUUUUGUCGGACUUCAAGACUAUGAUACCUAGAGAGGUAAGAGAAACCUGCAGCCUAGAGAAACUAGAGGAUCAUAUCAAGCAACUCAAACUGCAUAGCUUUAAGGAUGCUUCGCGGGAUUGCAUGGAAUUCAACGAAUGCCUGGAAUUGCUUUCCAUGAAGCACUUUAGACAUGCAGUUCAUCGUACUGCGCUCGCUAGAUUGGCCUAUGCUCCCAGAAUGCCAACUUACCUUUAUCGUUUUGACUUUGAUUCACCUACGUUCAAUUUUUUCCGGCUCCUUCUCUGUGGUCACGAUCAGAGAGGUGCUGCACAUGCCGAUGAUUUCUUCUAUAUGUUCUACGGUGUUCCAGCAUUCAAAGUGAAUUACACCUCUCCAGAAUACCAAACCAUCGAACAUAUUAUCAAUAUGUGGACUACGUUUGCAACACAUGGAAAUCCCAAUUAUGCUCAGACUGCGCCAAUCACUUGGGAGCCUCUUAAGCCAGAUGUUCCUCAGAUGUGCCUAAAUAUUGGCAGGCGCUUAGAGUUUAUUGAGCUACCUGAAGCAAAGGAAUUGAAGCUAUGGGACAGCUUCUAUGACAAUAUAAAUUUGUUCUGAGCCUCAU